AUGUGUCUAAUGGCGUUAUCCGACGCGGUUCUCGGGAAUCUCGCGACGAUCUACGUGGCGGUGAUUAUUGCGAUUAAGUUGUACGGAUUGGUCUCCGGGAAAAGCUUCAGCGCUGGAUUCGUCGUCGUCGUUUCGAUUACAGCGGUCGGGGUUUUGCUCGCGGUCACGCUCGCCUGGGACGUGUCUCGCAGAGCGGCGGAUGCGGUGUCCCGGUACAAUCGCGGCGUCGAAGAUCUAAACCUCCGUCACCAUCACGACGGUGGCGGUGGGAUUUGUAAAGGAGGAAUCUGCUGGCACGGCGUUGCCGUCCGGUCACCGGCUUCCCAGGUUCGAUUUAGGCUUCCACAACACAUACCCUACGGCGCUUUCUGA